ACAUUGGCGUCUUUAACGACGUACAUCUGUGAUCACUUCUGUGUGAUUUGUUAGUGGAAUAAAAGACAUUUUAACUAAUUUAUUCUUGAUCUAAAUCUAAUCUAGACUCUAUAUCUAUUUCUAGUAUUAGAUUUAGUAAAUAGAUAUAAUAAAAUGGUCCGAAUCACAGAAGAUUUAGUACGGAAGAGAGCUGAACAUAAUGAGUGUCAGAUUUCUACUCUAGAGGAAGUCUCUCUGCAUCAGCAAGAUAUUGAAAAACUUGAAUAUUUAGACAAGUGGUGCCGGGACUUGAAAAUUCUCUACCUUCAGAGCAAUCUCAUACCGAAAAUAGAAAAUGUAAGUCGGCUUAAAAAGUUGGAAUACUUGAAUCUGGCAUUAAAUAACAUUGAAAAGAUUGAAAAUUUGGAAGGUUGUGAAUCUUUAAAAAAAUUGGAUUUGACUGUGAACUUUGUGGGAGAACUUACAUCUAUUGAGUCACUUAAAGAUCUGUACAACUUCAGGGAACUAUUCUUAACUGGCAAUCCAUGUUCUGAUUUUGUGAACUACAGAGAAUAUGUUAUUGGAACAUUGCCACAGUUGCAGUGGCUAGAUGGUGUGGAAAUUGAAAAAUCUGAAAGAAUAAAAGCUAUCCAGAAUUUACCAUUCAUUAGAGGAAGCAUCCUAGAACAACAAGAAAGAUAUAAAAUGAAACGGGCCAGAGAAAAACUAGAAGCUGAGCUCAAGUCUAAAACUGAAGAGAAAAAUCAGGAGACAAAUAUUGACGAUCAUGGCUCAAACAAAGAAAAUAAACCUGGCUUUGAUGGGAGAUGGUAUACAGACAUUAGUGAAAGUGAUAAAACAAAGGAAGAUGUAGAUUCUGACAAAAAAGAAAAAACUGAGAAGACUUAUGAAGAAAAAGUAGAUGAAUUUUGGAAUGAAAAGACUAAGUAUACCCCUGAGUCAAGACUAGAUGUUCACAAUCAUCUCAAAGAAAUAAAAAAUAAGGAUCAGAAAAAAGAUGAAGAGGGGAAAAAGCCUCCUAGAAAAUUGUUUGCAGAUGAUGGUCGACCUUUUAAUGUCAAUGAGCCUAAGGUUGACUUUUCUCUGACUGAAGAUGGUGAACAUUUUUACUUGGAUGUUGCAGUGUUCAAGCAUAUGGACACAUCUUUAUUAGAUUGUGAUGUACAGCCAACAUAUGUCAGAGUUACUUUGAAAGGAAAGAUCCUCCAGCUUUGUUUGACUGAAGAAGUGAAUGGAGAGAAAAGUGUGGCACAGAGAUCUCAGAUAACCGGGCAUCUUGUUAUCACUAUGCCAAAGGCUAAACAGAUUGUACAGCCUGUUAAGCUGAAGCCAGAGCGUGUCAAAGCAAAGGAAUUAGUUAAUAAUAAUCAAUUAAAUAGCAACAAUUAUUUAGAAGUUGAUGCCAGUGUCAGGAAAGGGGUAGAUGUGACCAGGAUUGUGUCAGACAAUGAAGCCAAACAAAAAACUUUUCAAGCUCCUUUUGGCAGUUCGUCAAGAAAAGAAAUAAAAGAACGUGCCAACAGCGAUGACUUUGUUGAUGAUCCCGAUGUGCCACCUUUGCUGUGACACAUUUGAUCAAAUGCUUCCUAACUUAGUCUGAUAUUUGUAAAUAUUAUUUAUUUAAAAUAAAACUGUGUCUUUUGUUUUCUAAUGAAA